AUGGUUGUCCAUUUGGAGCCUGAAGAGAUGCAUGCUGGAUCCAGGCCUGGUGUCUCUCAUGUAGAUGAAAAAUCCCUUAGCAACAUGGAGACUUUUAAUCAACGUUCAGAAAUUCCCAGUGAGCAGCAUUAUUUCACAGAUGGUGGAGAAGGGACGGUAUUAACCUCAAAGACCAUAUACUUUAAAAAUAAUUGUGCUUCUGUGGGAGAAAAUCAUUAUGAAUGCAACAGAUAUGGAAAGGCCCUCAAACACAUGUCAGCUCUAAGAACACAUAAUAGAAUACAUAUUACUGAGAAAACUUAUGAAUGUAAUAUAUGUGAAAAUUCCUUCAGGAGCAAGAAAAUUCUUAGAAGACCUAGCAAAAUUGACUCAGGUGAGAGACCUCAUAUAUUUAACAAAUGUGGAAAAUCUUUCAGCUUGAGGACAAUUUUAAAUGCACAUAAUAGAAUCCACACAGGUGGGAAACCAUAUGAAUGUAACCAAUGUGAGAAGUCCUUCACCUGGAAAACUCAACUCAGUAUUCAUCAGAUAACUCAUACGGGAGAGAAACCUUAUAAAUGUAAUACAUGUAAAACGUGUUUCAUGUGGAAAGUGCCACUACUAAUGCAUCAGAGAACUCAUACAGGAGAGAAACCUUAUAAACUUAACAUAUGUGGAAAGUCAUUUCCCCAGAAAUCACACAUCAGUGUUCAUGAGAGAACAAAUUCAGGAGAGAAUCCUUAUAAAUGUAAGACAUGUGGAAGGUCUUUUGCCCAGAAGUCAUACCUAAGUUAUCAUGAGAGAACACAUACAGGAGAGAAACCUUAUAAAUGUAAGACAUGUGGAAAGUCUUUUGCCCAGAAUUCAUACCUAAGUGAUCAUGAGAGAACACAUACAGGAGAGAAACCUUAUAAAUGUAACACAUGUGGAAAGUCUUUUGCCUCGAAAUCACACCUACGUCUUCAUGAGAGAACACACACAGGAGAGAAACCUUAUAAAUGUAAGACAUGUGGAAGGUCUUUUGCCCAGAAGUCAUACCUAAGUGAUCAUGAGAAAACACAUACAGGAGAGAAACCUUAUAAAUGUAACACAUGUGGAAAGUCUUUUACCAAGAAAUCACACCUAAGUCGUCAUGAGAGAACACAUACUGGAGAGAAACCUUAUAAAUGUAAGACAUGUGGAAGGUCUUUUGCCCGGAAGUCAUACCUAAGUGAUCAUGAGAAAACACAUACAGGAGAGAAACCUUAUAAAUGUAACACAUGUGGAAAGUCUUUUACCAAGAAAUCACACCUAAGUGACCAUGAGAGAACACAUACAGGAGAGAAACCUUAUAAAUGUAACACAUGUGGAAAGUCUUCUACCCACAAAUCAAACCUAAUUGUUCAUGAGAGAACACAUACAGGAGAGAAUCCUUAUAAAUGUAACACAUGUGGAAAGUCUUUUACCCAGAAAUCACACCUACGUCUUCAUGAGAGAACACAUACAGGAGAGAAACCUUAUAAAUGUAACACAUGUGGAAAGUCUUUUGCCUCAAAAAGAGAGCGUAUUGUUCAUGAGAGAACACAUACAGGAGAGAAACCUUAUAAAUGUAACACAUGUGGAAAGUCUUUUACCCAGAAAUCACAACUUCGUGUUCAUGAGAGAACUCAUACAGGAGAGAAACCUUAUAAAUGUAACACAUGUGGAAAGUCUUUUACCCAGAAAUCACACCUAAGUCUUCAUGAGAGAACACAUACAGGAGUGAAAACUUAUGAAUGUAAUAAGUGUGGAAAUUCCUUUAGGAAAAUGUCAUAUCUUAGAAGCCAUAAUAGAAUUCACUCAGGAGAGAAACCUUAUAAAUGUAACACAUGUGGAAAGUCUUUCACCCUGAAAACAAACCUUAGUGUUCAUGAGAGGACACAUACAGGAGAGGAACCUUAUAAAUUUAACAAAUGUGGAAAGUCUUUUGCCGAGAAAUCAUCCCUUAGUGUUCAUGAGAUAACACAUACAGGAGAGAAACCUUAUAAAUGUAACACAUGUGGAAAUUCUUUUUCUGGGAAAUCAAAUGUUAGUGCUCAUGAGAUAACACAUACAGGAGAAAAACCUUAUAAAUGUAAGACAUAUUGA